CAGACACUGCGUUUUAAAUCAACGAUUUCUCCUUCUUAAUACCAAAACCGAAAAAAUCUACUUCUCUCUGCUUCCUCCGUCUUCCCCAUUUUCUUCUUCUUCCUCCCUUGAAAAGCGAUUUUCGGUUCUGCUCACAGCAUCACAAGAUGAUUCAGCUACUUUACACUGUGAUUUUUGGUGAAAUGUUGCUAAUUCUUACCCUUCUUUUCAAGACCCCGUUCAGGAAGCUUCUUAUCAUUACCUUAGAUCGGGUCAAGCGAGGUCGGGGCCCCGUCGUGAUCUCCACUGUCGGUGCUACGUUGCUUAUCGUCCUUGCUUCCAGCCUCUACAGUAUGGUCAAGAUCCAGGAACGAACCCUUGAGGCUGGACUCGUCAACCCCACCGAUGAAGUUCUUCGGUCCAAGCACAUGCUUGAAGCAUCUCUAAUGGGGUUUGUGCUUUUCCUGUCUUUGAUGAUUGAUAGGUUGCAUCAUUACAUAAGAGAGCUUAGAUUGCUCAGGAAGACCAUGGAGGCUGUUAAGAAACAGAAUCGAAGUUUUGAGGAUGGUAAAAACAGCAGCGCUGAAGAACAUAAAGCAUUGACGGUAGAAAUUGCAACACUGAAGAACACGAUAAAGAAACUGGAAUCUGAAUGUGAGGCGGAAGGAAGCAAGGCUAAGACUUUGGAAGCUGAAGUGGAGGCUCUGAAAAAGCAAUCUGAAGGAUUCCUCAUGGAAUAUGAUCGGCUUUUGGCAGACAAUCAGAGUCUUAGAAGUCAGUUGGAUGCGAUUGACCACAGCUCUACACACCUCGAUAACAAAAAAAGCAUGUGAGGGUUCAAACUCCAAGAAUGCUGUUUCAGUUUAGCUGCUUCUGUUAAAUUGCCAAACGUUUGUGUUUGAAAACAUAGAGAAUGAGGUCGUAGAUUGAUAUAAAUGAUCAGUGAAGAACGGAGAGAUGCUUUUUGUAUCUUUAUCGAACUGGCGUGGUUAAAGCAGUUAAUAUAAUUACUAGUGUACAUGUAAUUUGGCCAACUGAACUUAAUCCAUUUCGUAUAAUGUUGAGAUAUUUGCUAAA